UGUAUGCAUACGCAUAGUAGUGUUGGAUAAUUUAUUUUCCCCAUGUGUCAUGUUGUUAGAUAAGUCGUCAAUAAUUGUUGUGCUGUUGGUGGAUUUUACUUACAGCAGCACUACAGAAAGUCGUGUUUUUAUUAAUAUAUUCGAGUGAGCUAAGAAACAAAGUUGUACACUUUGAUAAUUAAUCCGAGUAAACUUGUGCUAUUCGAAAAAGUGAGAUUGCAUUACGAUUUCGAAGGAGCCUGUAUUUAUGGUGUCACAUAUCUGUAAUUGGCACUUUCCUUAGUACUACAGAAAAAAACUCUAUCAUCGGUAGGAACUAUGCCAUUCUACAAGUACCUCUUCUCCCCGAAACUCUUCAAAGAGUACGACGGAACAAAGGAGGUGUAUGAACCAGGACCAUUGGAAAAAUAUGGAGAUCAACUGCUGACAGCUCUGAAUUUGAUGUGGAGCUUUGGAUACUACACAUCGCCGCUGUUAAUCACAUUCCUCUACCGGCGGGGUUACUUUGUGGCGGAUUCCGUCGGUACGUUGGCCAAGUUCACGACCGGCAUUGGACUGCUAGUGGCUGUAUCCCUGUGCAUGCGUGGACUUGGUCGGUCCAUGAACUUAGUCUACGUCCGAUUCGCCGAGUGUCUCGAGAGCGCCAAACGUAACGAGAAAUCCUCGGAGGAGAAGAACCACAUUCGAAAGUAUGACUUUGACUUCAAACAUUGGCCGGUGGACUUUACCGUGACGAACAGUGUACAACGGGUGCAAUUGUCUCGUAAUAAGCCACUGUGGAUCUCAUCCUUACCUUGCCAGAUUGUAGCUUAUUUGGCGAUUCAUAGUUUUGGUAUUCGAAUGAUAUACCCUGGAUCGGUACGUUUGGUGCAGAGUUAUAUCGAGCCAAUGCUGCUCCAGGGUCGCACUAAGCUGAUCACUGAAAACGGCGGCAAACGUAACAAGGUUAAAACGGCAGAUGGCAAUGAAAUCGAUACGGUGUUUGUUGACAAUCGUAACAAAAGCAGCAAUGGUCGUACGUUAGUAAUCUGCUCGGAGGGUAACGCUGGUUUCUACGAAAUCGGUAUCAUGUCAACCCCGCUUGAUUUGCGAUACUCGGUGCUCGGAUGGAACCAUCCUGGAUUUGCAGGAAGUAGUGGCCGUCCAUAUCCCGACCAGGAUCAGAACGCAGUUGAUGCAGUGCUACAGUUUGCGCUUACUGAUUUGGGUUUCACACCCGAGAACAUCAUUUUAUAUGGUUGGAGUAUUGGGGGUUAUUCUACGUUGUACGCAGCUUCGCAAUAUCCGGACGUAAAGGGUGUUAUUCUGGAUGCCACUUUCGACGACGUACUGCAACUGGCACUGCCUCGGAUGCCAGAAAGCGUUUCCAACAUCGUAAAGAUUGCCGUUAGAGACUAUGUAAAUCUUAAUAACACGGAAUUGAUCUCGCAGUACAACGGCCCCGUAUUGCUAAUUAGACGUACAGAAGAUGAGAUCAUUUGCUCGGAAGAUGGCAAUCUUGGUACGAAUCGCGGCAACUUCUUACUAAUCAAUAUGCUUAAACAUCGUUUCCCUAAUAUCUUCAAACCCGAACAAGAAAAUCUUUCAAAAGAGAUUUUAGCGAAGCCCGUUGAAUUCAUUAGAAGUGAUUCGAAUGAACUCUGCCUCUCUCUAUUGAUGUCCUAUUUAACGGAUAACGGAAACUCGCGAAGUUAUCCCAUCGAAAUCGGAGAAGAUUAUACCAGUGAGCAACGAGAUUCCAUGGCUAAGUUUUUGAUUAAAAAACAUCUACACGACUAUAAGUCCACUCACUGCACCCCACUUCCCGGUGAGCACUUCCUGUCACCGUGGGAAAUUCCAAAUGAUACCGAUUUCGUUUUCACAUAAGCCUGAAAGGUUUUCGAAACGCGUCCAAAAUAUGCCGUACCGCAACACUAGACGAUUACGUUCCAGUACUAUUCUCAAUUGCUAAGGUAUAAAAAUUAGAAGAAAAAAAAACGAAAUUUGGUAUAAGGUAUGUUUAUGUAAUGUUUUCAAAAAAUUACUAUUUGUGGCAUUGGGAAUAGCGUCAGAUACUAAAGUUUCAUUCAAUGGUGCAUAUUGGAGAAUAGUUUUACUGCGUUCCGCAUAUUAACUGAAAUUAAGCUACUACAGUGGCAAUAGAAGCGACACUCUCAACUAUUUAUUGGUAGAUUUUAAGAUUGCUUGCAAUAGGACUAAAAACAUUCACAACUCAAUGUUAGCAAGGUAUGGAUUUCAUCGAAAGAUAGCGUUAGCGACUGACUUGUUCAAUUUCAAACUAUAUUACCCUCAGAGUCAUCGGAAUCUACAUUACUCAUAACAUGAACUCUUUUGGGAAUCAUCGGUAUGAGGUCUACGGCGAUUAAUAGAACCGAAACUAUGAAGAGGAUCUUCAGAUGAAAUAUUUUUGUGAUUGAACAUUUUAAAAUGUGGCCCAAGAAUAGUUUGAAAGAAAGAAUAUAAAUCAGUAAUACACUAUUUAGAAGCUUGA